AUGUCAAAGGGGGGUCAACGGGAGGCAGUAAAGAAGAUGGCAAACGAUAUGUUGGCGAAGUGGACACUAGAUCCUCAGUGUCAGAAGGCUGUUGUUUUUGUGGUCUCUACGGACGACAUGAAGUUUUGGGUAGCACGUGACGACAAGGUGCCCGUCUAUGCAGAUGAAUUCACAGAGAUUUUUAACCAGCAGAAGUCGCUUUUCCAACAGAACAACUAUCAGCAAGCGCUCACAAACAUUAUGCAGAAAACUUGGGAAAAGGCGCUUUCGAAGCAAGGAUCACCUAGACCUGCUGGUGGUCGUGGUAUGGGAGGAGGUGGACAGCCUGCACCUGAACCUGGUUUUGGGAUUGAUUCAGGCGGUAAAGGAAUGGGAGGCGGUGGUUUCAAGGCACCAUCCAUUCCGGGAUGGUUUUGGUUUGCACUCGUGGGGAUCAUCAUACCGCUGUUGUGCUGUUGCUGCUGCAUAUACUGCUGUUGUUGUCGCGGAAAAGGCGGCGGUGGCGGACGAGCUAGUGUUCCUACUACUGAUGGCGGCAUGGGCGGCCCAGGUGGAGGUAUGGGUGGCGGUGGCCGUGCUGGUGGAGGCAGUUCGAUGUUCAGAAACUUUGCAGGCGGAAUGGGAGGAGCAGGAAUUGGGUCGCUGCUUGGGAACUUGAUUUCUGGACGACAAAAUAUUCCAGGUGGUGGCGGCUCUGCACCACCAAUGGGCGGUGGCGGCAUGGGAAUGGGUGGUUUCGGCGGAGGCGGUUAUGGUGGAGGUGAAUAUCAAGGUGGAGGUGCCUAUCCAGUAGCGCCUGGUCCGAUCUACGAUGACAAUGGCGGGCAAGGCGGUGGUGGAUUAUAUCCAUCAAAGCCCGUUAAGGACGAAGGUGGUGGAGGCAGUUGGGCGUAG